UCAGAUUUUAAGCAUUAUCAAAUUCUUUCCAUGAAAAUGGAUCGAAAAUUAUCUACCAUAUCUAUCGCUAACUCGCUUGACGACAUUGAAUCUUGUACCAACUCGGAGUGUUUAACAUUUCGUGAUGAAAUGAUUAAACGCUUGACUGCUAUGGACGAAAAUCUCAAGAAAAACGCGGACAAAUACGAUAGUCUUUGUACUAUUGUUAUGGAGUUACAACUAAAAGUUACUAAUGUUUAUCAACAAAUUGGAGAAAUCCAUCAGUCUGGAAAGCAACAAGAAGCUGACUCAACGAUGGAACAACUCAAAAAGCUGGUGGAACGAAACAUUCCACCACAACCUAUAACGGUGAGUUUAAAGGAAAAAUAG